AUGGAUUUGCGCACGAUCAUGAACAGCGACGCCGGCGCCUCCAAUCCUCCACCCCCCAACAACUCGACCAGCUCGCCCAUCUCCGCCCAAGCCCCCCCAAAGCGCACAAAGAAAUCUGCUUCUUACUCGGAAUAUUCUGCCCAUCCACCCCAACACCCUUUGCAACCAUCACACGCUCCCCCAAACCAAACUUCACCCUACACAGCCGCUCAGUCGCCAUAUCAGCAAUAUCACGGCCCAGGGGUAAACACAGCUGUGCAAGCUCAGCGUGGUCAAAGUCCCGCACACAUCUCGACACCCUACGGUUCAGCAACGCGUGACCAGUUUGGCGCGUCGGGAUACCCAACACACCCCCAACACCCAAGUGGCCCGUUAGCCUCGCCUUACACACCACAGCCUAUGAGCGCAGGAUCACAGCAACCAGAUCAGCAGUCAUAUUUCGCCCAACAACGCUCUCACUCUCUGCAAUCGGUUGUGACCACCCCCGGGCCCCCCACUGAACCCUUCCGCCCUAGAGACAGCCCGCCCGCUGCGUCAGACGCUGUCCCAUCACAACACUUUUCACCUUCUGCUCAUCGAUCCGUUCCCGGCACCCCUCUUGGCCCUCCUCCUACCUUUGCAUCCCGCCAAUCGCCAUCAACUGUCCGCCCGCCAUCCUCCGGUCACGACUCGCGCAACCCCCUAUCCAGCCCGAGAGGUGCGCUCGAAUUUCAAGCACGAGACCACGUUCAAACACAGUCACCUGGGGCUCAGAGACAUUUAUCAGGGCACAGCCCUCGCCCAUCUGAGCCAAUUCAUCCUCCUUCAGUCGGCUUCAAGCGAGAGCCAAUUGACAGCGCCAGUCCGCAAUCCACCCGCCACAACAGUAUCGCCGGAACUUCAGAACCAGCAGCAAGUGGUCCAACUCGUUCAUCCGAAGAUAGAAAGCUAGUCGAUAGCCCGACAGCACCAAAGCCCAUCUCCGCGGGAUCGGAUUUGUUUACCUCUCCCACUGCACCGAGCAGCCAGGGCAACAGUUCACCCUCAGGUCCGCGCGGCGGUGUGCAUCCUCUGACGAUGGAAAUUGACAAUGCGCCUCAAGUAGAGCCUCAACAGCCGAAGCAAAAGAGAAGAAGAUACAAUGAGCCUCCAAUCUACGCUCAGAGAUCGGUUCGUACCAGGGGCAAAUGCCCUCCUAUUCCUCAUCCCCGCCCUCCAAUUCCGAAGCACGAACGUCCAACACAACAAGAGACUUGGGCAGCCCGCAGACGAUCCUCUUCCACAAUGGCUGCCACACCUUCUGCGCGGGUCACUCGAGCGCCUACCGUGGCUUCGCCGAGUACCAACGGGCCAACGCCUGUGCAGGCCCCGCCAUCGAAGUCAGCAGGCUCACUGGGACCUUGGGAGCCAUCUAUCACUGGUUUCAUUCCACACGAGGAAGUCACCAAGACUCUUUGCGAUUUCUUGUUCAAACAUGUGGUGUUGAGAACUGAUGUAAACGCAGGACCCGCAGGCUCGGCAGCUGCUGGUCAAGGCGCCAUUAUUGAGGUUGAGGCAAAACUGGGUCAUAUUAUCGAUAUGGACAGCAGAGACAGGGUGAACCUCCCCAUCCUAACAGAGAGCGUGAUCAACCGGGAGAGCGGGCGGUUCCGGACAUCCUUUGAGAGUACAAUGACUGUCGAACAACAUCGCGCCAUGAAUAAUUUCCUCAACGAGACAGUCAAAGCGUCAAUGCCACAACAAAACCCGACUAGAAUUCCCCUCUCCUAUGCGCACAAGAAAGAGCGUGAUACUUUUUAUGAGGUUCAAGCAUCUGACCUACCACCAAUAAUCCGACAAAAUUUGAAUCCUCGGCACAAGCCCAAAGUUCGGGUGACCACCGACCAACGCACAGGAGAAGUUCUCGCCAAAAUUGUCAAAUGUCGAGUUGCCGACAUCGAUGUAUGCAGUCCACGCACCACUGUUGAUUGGCGUGUCAGUGUCAACCUCGAAAUGGAAUACCCCGGCGACGUCAGCACCCUCACGGCUGUUGAUGUUGCUGGACGAGGCGAGCGCAACAAAGAUCGCAUGAGCUACAGCCAUCUGGCAUAUCAGGUGGAUCUGACCCAAGUAGCAAAGUCCGAGCAACAGCCAGGCAAGAAUGAGUUCGAGCACGAGCUCGAGGUUGAAGUCUCUGCCGCUGAAAUCCGUCGCCAGGGUCAGCUUGCCAUGGCAGGCGACCCGAAGAACCAGUAUGAGGACCUUGUGAAGGGCUUUGUGGAUAAUAUCCGCCUGUUAGCUCGAGCUGUGCCACCUUGA